AUGUCGUCACAUCAUCGUUCCGGUGGUCCACCUUCAUUGAUGGACGAUGUAUCCGAUUUUGAUCGUAAUAUGCAUUCAAAUCGUUUCGAAAGUGGCAGAGGUGGUCGGGGUCGCGGUGGAAUGAGAGGAAGAGGUGAUGGUGAUGGAGGUGGAAUGCGAGGUCGAGGUGGUUUUAUGCCUCGAGGUGGUGGUUCUCGUGGUGGACGUGGUGAUUUUCAACCACGUGAUCGCUUCAAUAAUAAUUUCAAUCGAUCUUACGAUGACCAACGUGGUGGAGAUGGUGGUCCAGCGAAGAUGCCUAGCCUGUUUGAUAUUGAUCAAGGACCAAUGCGACCGUUUGAUCGUGACAAUAAUCGCGGCGGAGGUCGAGGACGAAUGCCAUAUCCACGAGGAGACGGUGGUCCUGGUCGUGGUUCAUCAGGAGGAGGAGGAGGUGGCGAUGAUCGAUAUCGUCAUUCAGGUUCAAAACAAGGUUCAACAGAUGGGCCACCUUCGUUACUCGAUUUUGGAAAUGAAAAAUCAAUUAUACCAGCUAAUACUGGUAAUAAUUCGUUACCAUCACUUUUAUCAGUACAAGUUGAAAGCUCAGGGGUACCAAUACCAGGACCUGAGCCGAACAAAUCAUUAGAUUCGCAUAAAGAACAUCAACAUGAUGACAAUUUAAAUACACGAUCAGAUAGUCAUUCAUCUCGUGAAAGCGAAAGUCGAUAUCGUGAUCGAGAUUCUCGUAAACCAACUCGAGGUGGUUUUAAUCGAUCUUCGUCAUUUAAUAGAGAUCGUUCACGUUCACCGCGUGAUCGAGAUCGAGAUCGGCAUGGUCCUCCACGCGAUGAUCGUCGUGGUGGACGAGGAGGAAGAGGAGGUGGUGGUGAUGACCGUGGCGGUGAUCGUGGUGGAGGUCGAGGUGGUCAUCAUAGUAAUCCACGUGAACCACAUCAAUCACGGUUUGGCCCCGAUAAUAAUCAACCACCAUGGCAAGAUCGUCGAGAAGGUGGACGUGGUGGUGGUCGAGGUGGUUUUCAUGAUCGUCAACAUGAUAUGGGCGGCCAUUAUCGAGCUAAUGAACAGUUACCACCAGAUAAUCAUCCAUUUAGUCGAGAUGGUCGACCCAAUUUUGAUGGGCCACCACCUCAAAAUCGACCUUAUCAAGAUAAUUUUCAACAUGGAAAUUAUGAUUCAAUGGGACCCAAUCCACACAGUCGAGGAAAUAUGCAACAACCAUCUAAUUUCAAUCAAGGACCACCGCCUAAUCGUUCCGACUUUUACCCUCCAAAUACUAAUAAUCCAUCUUAUCAACAGCAUAAUACACGUAGCGGUGGUCGUCCAAGUCGUUUUACUGAUCGACAAGACGACUAUGAAGAUGAUCGACCAUUAACUAAACCAAAUUUUUCUCUCCCAAAUGUUACAACAACAACAGCACCACUUUAUAUGAAUCAACCAACAAAUCCAACAUAUAGUCAAACACGACCAUCAAUGUCAUCAGCAUAUUCUUCUCAGCAACCACCGUCAGCUAUGUUUCCACCAGGUGGACCUCAACAUAAUGCACAACAAUCACCAUUCGGUUGGCCUAAUCAACAACAACAAGGUGUUCCGAAUUCCCAUAUGACACAAUCUCUUUUAUCGCUUGCUGCAAAUGAUCAACAAAAUCCAAAUAUGUCAGGACCGCCACCACCGAAUUCUUUCUAUGGCAGUAAUAAUGAUUAUCACAGGCAGCAGCAACAACAACAGCAACCACCGUCGGCUAAUCAAUACUAUUCAGGUGUUCCACCUGUUCCUCCUCAAGCUGGUAACAAACCUCCAAAUGCGAAUGUUCAAACAAGUGCUACAUCAGUACCAGCACAACAACCUGUUCCUCCUGCAACAGGUGCAAAUACAGCAGCAGCUUCAAGUGCUGUAAAUACAGAUGCUUGGCAACAGUAUUAUCAACAAUACUGGCAAUAUAUGCAACAACAACAACAAGUAACUGCUCAACCAGCCUCUACUCAACAACCGUUUCCACAGUUACAAGCAGCAGCACCAACACCAGCAGUAAAACAACCAACAAAUGCAGCUGCACCUGCUGCUAAUACACAAGAUGCGGCUGCAAAUCAAGCUAAUACGAAUGCAUGGACUCAAUACUGGAUGCAAUACCAAGCAUAUAUGCAGCAGCAACAGCAACCUCAAACUACACCAACAUCUGGUUCAACAACAAUAGCAGCUCCCUCUCAACUUUAUCAACAAACAACAGGAAAACAACAAAUCUCAUCUGGCUCAACAUCAAACACAAAUACAUCCUCAGGUGGUCCGUCUACAUCGAAUUGGCAAACAUGGUUUAAUCCUAAAUAA